AUGAAGAGGAGAAAUGAUCCAGAAUGCACUGCCCCUCUCAAGAAACAGAAGAAAAGAGUUGCAGAGCUUGCCCUGAGCCUCAGCUCUACAUCUGAUGAUGAACCUCCCUCCUCUAUCAAUCAUGCAGCAAAAGUAUCUACCACAAGCCUCAGUGGGUCCGACAGUGAGACUGAGGGGAAGCAACGCAGCUCUGAUGAUGCAUUCAAAGCAGACUCUCUUGUGGAGGGAACUUCUUCCCGCUAUUCCAUGUACAACAGCGUCUCCCAGAAGCUUAUGGCGAAGAUGGGCUUCAGGGAAGGUGAAGGAUUGGGUAAAUACAGCCAGGGUCGGAAGGACAUCGUUGAGGCCUCUAAUCAGAAAGGUCGAAGAGGCCUGGGUCUGACGUUGCAAGGCUUUGAACAGGAGUUGAAUGUGGACUGGCGAGAUGAGCCCGAGCCCAGUGCCAGAGAGCAGGUGUCAUGGUUCCCAGAAUGUACCACUGAAAUUCCUGACACUGAGGAAAUGAAAGAUUGGAUGGUUGUGGGAAAGAGGAAGAUGAUUAUUGAAGAUGAAACAGAGUUUUGUGGGGAAGACCUGCUUCAUAGUGUGCUGCAGUGUAAGAGUGUGUUUGAUGUCCUGGAUGGAGAGGAGAUGCGACGAGCUCGGACCCGAGCCAAUCCCUAUGAGAUGAUCCGAGGAGUCUUCUUCCUGAACAGGGCAGCAAUGAAGAUGGCCAAUAUGGAUUUUGUGUUUGAUCGCAUUUUUACAAAUCCACGGGACUCUUAUGGGAAACCACUGGUGAAGGACCGGGAAGCGGAGCUUCUGUACUUCGCUGAUGUCUGUGCAGGCCCCGGGGGCUUCUCGGAGUACGUGCUGUGGAGGAAGAAGUGGCACGCAAAGGGCUUUGGGAUGACCCUGAAGGGCCCGAAUGACUUCAAGCUGGAGGACUUCUACUCGGCCUCCAGCGAACUCUUUGAACCUUACUACGGCGAGGGUGGGAUCGAUGGAGAUGGAGACAUCACCCGCCCAGAGAACAUCACUGCUUUUCGGAAUUUUGUCCUGGAUAACACAGAUCGAAAGGGUGUCCACUUUCUGAUGGCCGAUGGGGGUUUCUCCGUGGAGGGCCAGGAGAACCUGCAGGAGAUCCUCAGCAAGCAGCUGCUGCUCUGCCAGUUCCUCAUGGCGCUCUCUGUUGUCCGGACAGGAGGCCACUUCAUCUGCAAAACCUUCGACCUGUUCACACCGUUCAGCGUGGGGCUCAUCUACCUGCUGUACAGCUGCUUUGAACGAGUAUGUCUCUUUAAGCCGAUUACCAGCCGUCCUGCCAACUCAGAGAGGUAUGUGGUGUGCAAGGGCCUGAAGGUGGGCAUAGAUGACGUGCGGGAGUACCUCUUCUCAAUCAACAUUAAACUCAACCAGCUGCGGAACACCGAGUCCGAUGUCAACAUUGUGGUUCCCUUGGAGGUGAUCAAGGGAGACCCUGAAUUCACCGACUACAUGAUACGGUCCAAUGAGAGCCACUGUAGUCUGCAGAUCAAAGCUCUGGCCAAAAUCCAUGCCUUUGUUCAAGACACGACCCUGAGUGAGCCUCGGCAGGCAGAGAUCCGGAAACAGUGCCUCCGUCUUUGGGGGAUCCCGGACCAGGCUCGUGUGGCUCCUUCCUCCUCAGACCCGAAGUCUAAGUUCUUUGAGCUGAUCCAGGGCACUGAGAUCGACAUCUUCAGCUAUAAGCCCACGCUGCUCACCUCCAAAACCUUGGAGAAGAUCCGCCCAGUGCUCGACUACCGCUGCAUGGUGUCUGGCAGUGAGCAGAAGUUCCUCCUGGGCCUGGGGAAGUCACAGAUCUACACGUGGGAUGGCCGCCAGUCAGACCGCUGGGUCAAGCUGGACCUGAAGACAGAGCUGCCCCGGGACACUCUGCUCUCUGUGGAGAUUGUCCAUGAGCUGAAAGGGGAGGGGAAGGCCCAGCGGAAGAUCAGUGCCAUCCACAUCCUCGAUGUCCUUGUGCUGAAUGGCAGCGACGUGCGGGAGCAGCACUUUAACCAACGAAUUCAGCUUGCUGAGAAAUUUGUGAAAGCCGUUUCCAAGCCUAGUCGGCCUGACAUGAAUCCCAUCAGGGUGAAGGAGGUGUACCGACUGGAGGAAAUGGAGAAGAUUUUUGUCAGGUUGGAGAUGAAGAUCAUCAAGGGCUCCAGCGGCACCCCAAGACUCAGCUACACAGGGCGGGACGACCGGCACUUUGUGCCCACUGGCCUCUACAUCGUCAGGACAGUGAAUGAGCCCUGGACGAUGGCAUUCAGCAAAAGCUCUAAGAGGAAGUUCUUCUACAAUAAGAAAACCAAGGACUCUACCUAUGAGCUCCCUGCAGAAGCCAUUGCCCCAUUUCACAUCUGCUACUAUGGCCGGCUCUUCUGGGAAUGGGGGGAUGGCAUCCGUGUACAUGACUCCCAGAAGCCCCAGGACCCGGACAAGCUAUCCAAGGAGGAAGUCCUCACCUUCAUCCAGACGCACAGCGCCUGA